CGGUAUGCUCUAUGGUCUGGCGGACCUUGUGUUGUCAUCCUCCGAGCGACGGCCGGAGGUGGCUGCGGAGGCCCGGGCGGGGCGUUUGGUUUCGUUUCUGCACCGACUGGAAUUAGUGUCGACGGUCAAAAUGGGAGUCCCCAAAUUUUACCGAUGGAUCUCGGAGCGGUACCCCUGCCUCAGCGAAGUGGUGAAGGAGCAUCAGAUUCCAGAAUUUGAUAACUUAUACCUGGAUAUGAAUGGAAUUAUACAUCAAUGUUCCCAUCCUAAUGAUGAUGAUGUUCACUUCAGAAUUUCAGAUGACAAAAUCUUUACUGACAUUUUUCACUACUUGGAGGUGUUGUUUCGAAUUAUUAAACCUAGGAAAGUGUUCUUUAUGGCUGUUGAUGGGGUGGCUCCUCGAGCAAAAAUGAACCAGCAGCGUGGGAGGCGUUUUAGGUCAGCCAAGGAGGCAGAAGACAAAAUUAAAAAGGCAAUAGAAAAGGGAGAAACACUUCCUACAGAAGCCAGAUUCGAUUCCAACUGUAUUACGCCAGGGACUGAAUUCAUGGCCAGGUUGCAUGAACAUCUGAAGUAUUUUGUAAAUAUGAAAAUUUCCACAGACAAAUCAUGGCAAGGUGUUACCAUCUACUUCUCAGGCCAUGAGACUCCUGGAGAAGGAGAGCAUAAAAUCAUGGAAUUUAUCAGAUCCGAGAAAGCAAAGCCAGAUCAUGAUCCAAACACCAGACAUUGUCUUUAUGGCUUAGACGCUGACUUGAUCAUGCUUGGAUUAACAAGUCACGAGGCACAUUUUUCUCUCUUAAGAGAAGAAGUUCGGUUUGGUGGAAAAAAAACACAAAGGGUAUGUGCACCAGAAGAAACGACGUUUCACCUCCUACACUUGUCUUUAAUGAGAGAGUAUAUUGAUUAUGAAUUUUCAGCAUUAAAAGAAAAGAUCACAUUUAAAUAUGAUAUUGAAAAAAUUAUAGAUGAUUGGAUUUUGAUGGGAUUUCUUGUUGGCAAUGAUUUUAUCCCUCAUCUACCUCAUUUACAUAUUAAUCAUGAUGCACUGCCUCUUCUUUAUGGAACAUAUAUUGCUAUCCUGCCAGAACUUGGAGGUUAUAUUAAUGAAAGUGGACAUCUCAACUUACCUCGAUUUGAGAGAUACCUUGUGAAACUAUCAGAUUUUGAUCGAGAACACUUCAGCGAAGUUUUUGUGGACCUCAAGUGGUUUGAAAGCAAAGUUGGUAACAAGUAUCUCAAUGAAGCAGCAGGUGCGGCAGCAGAAGAAGCAAAGAACUGCAAGGAGAGGAGAAAACCGAAGGGCCAGGAAAAUUCUUUAAGUUGGGCUGCAUUAGACAAAAGUGAAGGUGAAGGAGUGGCUUCUAGAGAUAAUUUUGAAGAUGAGACUGAAGAUGAUGAUCUGUUUGAAACUGAAUUUAGACAAUAUAAGAGAACAUACUACAUGACGAAGAUGGGGGUCGAUGUAGUAUCUGAUGAGUUUCUGGCUGAUCAAGCUGCCUGUUAUGUUCAGGCUAUACAGUGGAUCUUACACUAUUACUAUCAUGGAGUCCAGUCCUGGAGCUGGCAUUUGAUGACCAGCGAAGAUUCACCAAUUAUAGAAUAUUAUCCACCUGAUUUUAAAACUGAUCUAAAUGGGAAGCAACAGGAAUGGGAAGCUGUGGUAUUAAUACCCUUUAUUGAUGAGAAGCGAUUGUUAGAAGCCAUGGAGACAUGUAACCACUCCCUCAAAAAAGAAGAGAGAAAAAGAAACCAACACAGUGAGUGCCUAAUGUGCUGGUAUGAUAGAGACACAGAGUUCACCUACUCCUCUCCGUGGCCAGAAAAGUUCCCUGCCAUAGAACGAUGUUGUACAAGGUAUAAAAUAAUAUCAUUAGAUGCUUGGCGAGUAGACAUAAACAAGAACAAAAUAACAAGGGUUGACCAGAAGGCAUUAUAUUUCUGUGGAUUCCCUACUUUGAAACACAUCAAACAUAAAUUUUUUUUGAAGAAAAGUGGUGUUCAAGUAUUCCAGCAGAGUAGUCGUGGUGAAAACUUGAUGUUGGAAAUUUCAGUGAAUGCAGAACCAGAUGAACUUAGUAUAGAGAACAUAGCUUCAUCAGUGCUGGGAAAGUCGGUCUUUGUUAACUGGCCUCAUCUUGAAGAAGCCAGAGUUGUGGCAGUAUCAGAUGGUGAAACUAAGUUUUACAUAGAAGAACCUCCUGGAACACAGAAAGUUUAUUUGGGAAAAACUGCCCCACCAUCUAAAGUCAUCCAACUUACAGAUAAAGAACAAUCGAACUGGACUAAAGAAAUACAAGGAAUUUCAGAACAAUAUCUAAGAAGAAAGGGAAUAAUAAUAAAUGAAACAUCUGCUGUUGUGUAUGCUCAAUUACUCACAGGUCGUAAAUAUCAAAUCAAUCAGAAUGGUGAAGUUCGUCUAGAAAAACAGUGGUCAAAACAAAUUCUUCCUUUUGUUUAUCAAACUAUUGUUAAGGACAUCCGAGCUUUUGACUCUCGUUUCUCCAGUAUCAAAACGUUGGAUGAUUUGUUUCCUCCCAGAAGUAUGGUCUUUAUGCUUGGAACUCCUUAUUAUGGCUGCACUGGAGAAGUUCAGAAUUCAGGUGACGUGAUUACAGAAGGUCGAAUCCGUGUGGUUUUCAGCAUUCCAUGUGAACCAAAUCUUGAUGCUUUAAUACAGAACCAGCAUAAAUACUCUAUAAAGUACAACCCAGGAUAUGUGUUGGCCGGUCGCCUUGGAGUGAGUGGAUACCUUGUUUCAAGGUUUACAGGAAGUAUUUUUAUUGGAAGAGGAUCUAGGAGAAACCCUCAUGGAGACCAUAAAGCAAAUGUGGGUUUAAAUCUCAAAUUCAACAAGAAAAAUGAGGAAGUCCCUGGCUAUACAAAGAAAGUUGGGAGUGAGUGGAUGUACUCGUCGGCAGCAGAGCAGCUUCUUGCAGAGUACAUAGAGAGAGCACCAGAACUGUUUAGUUAUAUAGCAAAAAACAGCCAAGAGGACGUAUUCUAUGAAGAUGACAUCUGGCCCGGAGAAAAUGAGAAUGGAGCUGAGAAAGUUCAAGAAAUUAUUACUUGGCUAAAAGGACAUCCUGUCAGUACUCUGUCUCGGUCUUCUUGUGAUUUACACAUUCUGGAUGCAGCCAUUGUUGAAAAAAUCGAGGAAGAAGUUGAGAAGUGCAAGCAAAGAAAGAACAACAAGAAAGUCCGGGUGACAGUGAAGCCCCAUUUGCUGUACAGACCUUUAGAGCAGCAGCAUGGCGUCAUUCCGGACCGGGAUGCUGAGUUCCGUCUCUUUGACCGUGUGGUAAACGUGAGAGAGAGCUUCUCCGUGCCAGUCGGCCUUCGAGGCACCGUCAUUGGAAUCAAAGGGGCUAGUAGAGAAGCUGAUGUACUAUUUGAAGUGUUAUUUGAUGAGGAAUUUCCUGGAGGCUUAACAAUAAGGUGCUCACCUGGUAGGGGAUACCGACUGCCAACAAGUGCCUUGGUGAACCUUUCUCAUGGGAGUCGGUGUGAAACUGGAAAUCAGAAGUUGACAGCCAUUGUGAAACCGCAGCCGUCUGUAAGUCACUGUAGUGUAAACUCAUCAGCUCCAUCUGGGCACGUGGGAGGCCUCAACCACUCUCCUCAGUCACUUUUUCUUCCAACUCAGGUACCUACAAAAGGUGAUGAUGAGUUUUGCAACAUUUGGCAAUCUCUGCAGGGAUCUGGGAAACUUCAGCACUUGCAGCCGACAGCACAAGAGAAGGGUGCAGUUCUACCUCAAGAAAUAAGUCAAGUAACUGAACCUCAUAAAUCUGGCUUUAAUGACCACAGUGUCAGACAUCAGCAAAGAAAACAUGACUCUCACCGAAAAUUUAAGGAAGAAUAUAAAAGUCCUAAAGCUGAGUGUCAGAAUCAAAAGUUGUCCAAUAAACAGACUUCUGGAGGGUCUCCCAGAUGUAAUAUUAAACUAUUGAAGAGAAAUGAAAGUCCAGGAACUUCAGAAGCUCAGAAGGUUGUAACUAGUUACCCAAAUGCAGUUCAUAAGCCUCACUCUGGAAUUGAGAACUUUUUAGCAUCUUUGAAUAUCUCUAAGGAGAGUGAAGGACAGUUACCUCACCAUGGAGAGCCUCCAGAUGAGGCGCAUCUGUCACCGCAGUCCUUUGCUAUGAAAGGAACAAGGAUGCUUAAAGAAAUUCUGAAAAUUGAUAGCCCUGACACAACAGAUAGCAAGAAUGAUAUGAAGAAAUCUGAUAAUGAAGCCACUGUUUCCUCUAGUAGAAGAGAUGAGCAUGGAAUGCCAUCACAUCCUAAGCCAAGUAAGAAACUGGCGUGCCAUAUGAGCAGCCCUCAUGGUACUAAUGAAUUCCAAAAUGUGGCAUCAGUGGACAGUGUGUGUUGGCCAGGCCAGAUGCCUCCUCCUAUGUCCACACCAGUAACUGAACUUUCUCGAAUUUGUUCCCUUGUCGGAAUGCCACAACCUGAUUUCUCCUUUCUGCGAACAACACAGACAAUGACAGUUUGUCAGGUAAAAUUGUCUAAUGGCUUACUGGUCCAUGGGCCACAGUGCCACUCUGAAAGUGAAGCCAAGGAAAGAGCUGCACUUUUUGCUUUACAACAACUGGGCUCCUUGGGUGUGAAUUUUCCUUUGCCUCCACCAAUAUUUACAAAUUAUCCUGCGGUACCACCUGGAGCCGUCCCUCCUGUUUUUACCCAACCUACUGCUAAUAUUAUGCCUUCAUCGUCUCAUCUCUUUGGCUCAGUGCCAUGGAGACCACCCGUGCCAGUUGCUGGGAAUGCCUUCCACUAUCCUUCAUAUCCUGGAACCAUGCCCUUGGCUGGAGGAAUGCCAGGCGGAGUGCACAAUCAGUUCAUACCUCUGCAGGUUACCAAAAAAAGAGUUGCAAACAGGAAGAAUUUUGAGAAUAAGGAGGCCCAGAGUUCUCAAGCCACACCACUUCAGACUAACAAGCCAGGGUCUUCUGAAGCCACCAAAACGACUCCACAAGAAAGUCCACCAGCCUCUUCCUCCUCCUCUCAGGCUGCUCAGCCUGUGUCUCCUCACGCUGAAACUGCCUCCCAAGGCCAUGUUGUGUCCCAGCAGAGGUCAGCACCAAGCUCCUCAAGGAGGAGAUCAAGGAAACUGGCUGUCAACUUUAGUGUUUCUAAACCUUGUGAAUAAAUUUGGUACCUGGGAAUUCAUUUCUUUUAUCUCCAUCUACCUUUUUAUAAAUAGAUAUCUCUGUGUCAGAAGUGUACUAUUUUAGCAUAUGUUUAGAUUAAAUAUUUUUUAUUUUUAAGUUAUCAGGCACUUUUCAUGCUAUUUAAGACUAUAUAUCAAAUUGUGCACUUUAAAUAUGUGCAAUUUGUUGUACAUCAGUGAUACCUCAAUAAAGCUGUAAAAAAAGAAAAAUUAAAUAUUAUAUUAAAAUAAAUAGCAAACUGAGCAUGGUAAUAACCUAUGAGCAUUGUACUUGAGAGUCUGAGACAGGAGGAUUGCCAUAUAUUCACUGUGUAGGGCUACAUAGUGAGUUCCUGGCCAGCCUGAGACCUUGCUUCAAAAACCAAAAACUAUAGUAAAUAUGAGUGGUCUAAAUGUUAAAAUGUACCACUUUCACCAUUGGCUUUCUCAUUAGAAGGAUCCUUGACUAUAAAUUAGUCAUUAUCUUAUCAUAACAACAAGCUUUUUUACACUAUUAUUGAGGGAUAACUAAAUGCAGCAUGAAUUAGGCCUCAUAAUUUCCUAAGUGUGGCUUUUAUUUGUUCGUAAUGAUGGAGCUACAUGACUGGAGAGUGGCCUGCACUCUAUUCACAGCAGUCUAUGGCCAGAGUCAGUCCCGUGGGUGCUCUGGAGCCAGCACGCACAACAGCCAUGGCCCUGGAGCCAUUGAGCUGGCUGGUGCGCCCAGUGCUGCUUUGUUCUCAGUCUUGUACCAAAGCAACUUUAGAAGCUUCCAGAGCAUUCUUCUGACAGCAAUCUAGAUUUGAAAAAUAACGAAUGUUUUUAGAUUAUUCAAGAACCAGCAUUCAGAAUUCCUAAUAAAAUUAAGUUUUAAAAUCUACAGGGUACAGUGAUUACAAAUCAGUCUUUCUUCAAAUAGAGUACAGUACAGAACAUUAAUCACUAUUCUUUUUUUAGGCUUCUUGAAUUAUAUUUGCUUUGUUGAUUUUUUUUUUCUUUUGAGAUGGGGUCUUGCUGUGUAGUCCUGGCUGGCCUGGUACUCAUGGCAAUCCUCCACGUUCUGAGAUUCCAGCGUGUGUCACCACACCCCCUCGUGUGGCUUUUUCUCUGCUUACUUCACAUAUGUGAAAAUUCAUUGUGGAUCUAUGUGUAGAGCUUCCUGGGACUGGUAAAAAUGUAAACUUUUUAAAAAUUCCAAGAUGUCUUUUUGUGUGGACAUUAUUUACUGCCUGUCCCAUUCUGGUUGUACAUUUUAGCACCUACUGAACUGCUCAGUGAUGUCACAUUUUGUCUCUGCAUGUCACUUAUGGGUGUGUAUUGUUCACACUGUUUAAUGAUUUGGAAUUUAUAAAAUUUUCUCAAGGACAUCAGGGCGUGCAUUUAUAUAUAAACAUAUUUAUCUUUUAGUUUUGUGAUAUACUUAUAUUUUUAAAGAGUAAAAUGAUCAUACUUUUUAAAAAGUAGGAACCAGUCUUUAUAUGGAGCUGCUGAUUGUGUUGAUUUAAUUUAGGUCAUUGAAAACUCUGCCAUAAGUCUUAAAAUGGUCUUACUGAUAUUUGAAAUGCUGGUAUUGAAUUCCUUUCUGCUGAUUUCAGUGUUUCUCUAAAUGAUGGCAGGAUAUAUGUAUACAGUAGUGCCUUUAGUGUAAGAUGCAAAUGAUCAUUAUCUUCAUUUUCUAUGGACAUAUGAAUUUCUGCAACUUUGUUUUCUGUCAGUAGAAAUUCAGCUGUGUAUCAGUGCCCAGCACUUCUCACUGGGGCACUGUGGCACUGGGGCACUGUGGGAAGGCUCAGGUCGUUCUCAGUGUUUGUCUUUGUUGCUCACAAACUCUGUUUUCAAGGGAAGCAUCCAUUGCAGAGACAAGGGAAGUUCAGUUAUGACAAUGCUAUGGUAACUCCUUCUGAGACCAUUGAAAUGUGUAGUAUUUGUUACCUCCCUUACAUUUACUGUACAUUCACUUACUCCUGUGGGAUGGCUUCACUGUGGUGUACAACCAUGUCCCCUGCAGAACAGAGGAAGGAGUUGUUCUAAAAGUUCCAUGAGAAAUUUUAGUAAACACAAUGCCAUUGAAACGGUGAGGCUAUUUCUCUAAAAUUUGAGCACAACAAGCUAGUAAUGCUAUAUGGAAAGCCAGUAAGAGUAUUUGAACAUCCUUUUAAAAAUAAAAAACAAAUUCUAAGGGUCGAGCUUGCAAAGGAAAGGAUCCCUCUGGCAGCUAGGGAGCGGUAGCAUGCUCUGUCCUCCCAUCCCCCAUCAGCGCCCUAUUCCAUACAACGUCUGGGAAGUGUGCAGCCUCUAGGUGUGAGAGGCCAAGACUGCCUUAGCAGCAGCAUGGCUGUGAGGACACUGGCUCUCUUGACACAUGUCUGGAGGGGUGGAGUACAUCUCUGAAACAUACUUGGACUGUGGUCAACAUAUAGUUUCCCCUUUGGGAUGAAUCAGUCUGAAACCACCCUCAAGCUUUUAAAACAUGUUCAGUCAGCUGUUGAAUCUAAGUCUUUCACAGUGGUGGACUGUGGUCACAGAGGGGACAGUUCUCCCAGAUUACCUGUUUCUGUGUAACUUGAAAAGUUAUUUGAUAAAGCCUUCCUCUCUUCACUGGGAAUGAUUGUAAAUAUCUUUGUUCAACAAGUCUUUCUUUGUUAAGCAAAUUAAGUUCAUUUGAAGGUGGGUCCUUUCAGCCACGGCUUCCUUUCUCAAUUUUGUACAUUCCUGGUCAAUGCAUUCAUUGACCUAAGCACUUCAUAGACUAAAGGCUUAAAUAUCUAAACCUCAGUUGUAUCAAAACAUUAUUUCCUCUGAAUCUCAGUUUAAAUUUCAGCUUUUCCUUCUCUGGGCUUGGUAGUACAAGUAAGCCUCCAGUCCCUGCCCUCUGGAAGCUGUCUCUAGCAGGAGGAUCAGGAGGAUUGGGAGUUCUAGGCAAGCCUGGGCUAUGUAGACCCUGUUUGAAAAAAAGUUCUCUUUACUUUUUAAAGCAGUCAGUAAUGAAGUCUGAAGGUAUUUCUCUCCUUCCGUGAGGAGCGCAAUGAAGCCUCUUGUCUUUCAUUCCCGUACAUGCUCACUUUGUGUCUAGAUAGUUCUAGAUUCUUGGUUCUAGGGGAGGAGGUGAAGAGAAGGAGAUAGGUGAGAUCCAGUCCUAUUUGCAGACUUUAAUGUCCUGACUUAGCUCAAGGAAAUAAACCAUAGAGUCAUUUUAUUUACUCCCUUUUUACAUAUCUGUUCUUUUUGAAUCAACAAAUAUUUUUCAUAGUGGUUACCUAGUUUUCACCUUAUAUGGCAGAACUCCACAGAAGGUAGAUCUCACACAAUUCCUCUUGGAUAAAUGUUCUUUGUACUAUCUUGCUUCCAGAUUUUUCUUUUACUAUAGAAGAGAAUCUGUUAGAAAUUACUAUGAAAGGCAUUUUGUAUCUUUUUUAAAAAAUUGGUCACUAAAAAAAAAUAAUAAUAAUCAUUAUUUUUUAGAAAUAGUGACAAGACUCAAACUGCAACUCUUUGUGUGCAUUUUAUGUUGUGGUGGUGGUGGUGGUGUUUUCAACAAAGUGGUCCUUUUUGCAGGCACCCCCUUUGCUAGAAGAAAAUAAAGCUUAAGUUUUUAGUGUUUUUUUUCAGGCUGACUGAAUUCAUAUUCCUCUUAGACAUCCUCACUUUCUGCCAGGGCAGCACAGUAAGAGACAGCUGGGAAGGGGCAGCAGCCCUGCAGCCUCAAGGAAAGCAGACAGGCAGACCCAGGCUUGACCAUCGCAGGCUGAGUUACCUCACACAGCACGUGUCCCUCCCUUUGAAAGAGAGGAUAGAAGAAAAUAGUUCAAGCAUCCAGAAUGCUGAGAAUCUGUGUGCCUUUGGGUGAAAACUCCCUGCUCUGCAGAGAUUGGUCUCAAGUGCAGCUGGCAAAGGAGACUGCUUUCCAGAUUCCAUUUUGGCACAGUGGAACCUGUGGGCGUGAAUUCCCCCCCCACUGCCCCCAAGUUGGCCCAUUACUGCCAACUAUUGCAGAAGGUAGUGGUCUGUGUAGCUGCAUAGGGAUUAGAAGUCAAGUUCUUGUUCUGUUUCUUUCAAAAUGAUGGGGGUGAGAAUUUGCUCUGAAGCCUGCUGUAAGUCCUUAACUUGUUCACCCGGGCUUUCUCUCUCUUCCCCCUUCUCCACUCCCUCUUGCUAUGUAGCCCUUCAGUCCUCCUGCGUCCACCUCCUGAGUUUUGAGGUUACAGAGGAUGGCCCCAGGCCCAGUGUCUUUUAAGCUCUAUUAAUCUUGCCUUUCCCUUACAGUUAUAGAUGCAUGUAUCUAUGUGUAUAUGUGUGUCUGUGUGUGUUGGAUUUUUGAUUUGUUUUUCAAAGCAGGGUUUCUCUGUGUAGCCAUGGUUGUCCUGGAACUUACUCUGUACAUCAGGCUGGCCUCAAACUCAAGAGAUCCUCCUGCUUCUGCCUCCCAAGUGUUGGAAUUAAAGGCAUGUGCCACCAUUGCCCAGCUGGAUUUUAUGUUUUAGCUUUUUUUUCCUUGGCCUCAAGAAUCAUACAUUUACUUUUGCUGCACAAACUACUUUGAGUGUUUUCACUUGACACUAAGUAAUCAGGUGGUGUGCUGUGUAUCAACGUGUUUAACAUUGGCUUCAUUUAAAUAGUGUGAUUUUAUACAUAUCUAUCUUCCUUGAUUUCUUUUGUCAUGUAACUAUUUUGUAAAUAACUGGAAUUUCUCAUUAGACCUUAGACAGAGCAGUAUUUUAUUAAAAAUUCCAAAGGGAAGACUUCUUUGUGCUCAUUUUGUAAUUUUUAUUUUAAAUACCUUUACAUUGUAUGUCUAUUGCAUUUGAAGUUUUUAAACUUACAUGGAAUGGACUCCAAAUGUAUUUUUAUGUUAUACAUUUGUAAAUUCAUAGCACAAAGUUAGCCUCAAAAUGUUAUGCAAAGGGAUUUUGACAUGCAAAAGUCACUGAAGGUCUGGACAUUUCUAUGUGUCAAAUGCUCUGUGAUUUUGAUUAAAGAUGGAAUGACGACCGCA